AUGGGUUGUGCUGGUUACCCUAUCUCUAUCAACGUAGGAAAGCGAGCGGUUGAGGAGGUGAUUGACAAGGGCAAGAAGUUUGAUAGAAAAAGCAAUGCACGCAGGGUGGAAGGGUUUAUUUUCCAAAUCUCACUCGUUUUGCUCGCAUAUGAAGAAGAAAAGGAAGUAGAGAAAGUGGUCAAGUGGUGUCAGUAG